CCUCUUGACCUUUGCCCUCGGGCGCCGACGGAGGCCUAGGCGUCGCCCUCGCGGUUCUCCCGGCGGCGGCGGCGGGAUGCCUCUGCACAAGGUCCCCCCGCGGCUGUGGGAGGCGCUGAAGCUGCAGCGGGGCAUCUACGCGCGCCUGCCGGCCCACUACCUCCGCGCGCUGCAGGAGGAGGCCGCGGCGCCGCCCCUCGCCGUCCACUGGAGGCCCCGCGGCGCCCAGCACGUGCGGAACCGGAGGACCGGCGAGCGGGAGCGCGUGCAGGACGUGCCCGUGCCCGUCUACUUCCCUCCCGAGAGCCAGCAGGGCCUGUGGGGCGGAGAGGGCCUGGUGCGCGGCUGGCGCUACGCCCGGGGAGACAAGGUGCGCUGCCGGGCCGAGGGGGCUGGGCGGGCGGGCGGACCCCGGCUCGGGGGAAGGUCGGGGAGGGGGGCGCGGGCCUCGCGCGGAGGAGGAGGCGCCUGGCUCCAGGACCCGGGGAGCGACGCCCCGCCAGGUGGACCCGCCGGGCAACGGGGCCUCCCGUUUGGUCUGGGCUUUCCCCUCCCAGCCGCCAGGAUCUUGGCUGCAUCUGCUCUUCCUUGUGUCCUCAGCUUGCCGCCAGGGUGAAGAAGAUCUGGAAGCCGCAGCUCUUCUAUCGAGAUCUCUACAGUGAGAUCCUGGAUAAGAAGCUGACGAUUACAGUCACCAUGCGGACGAUGGACCAGAUUGACGCUGUCUACGGCUUUGAUUAUUACAUCUUAAAGGUAGGUUUGUGGUGAUAGCUUGACAGGCUGUUGUUCUGUCUGCAAGCGUGGGAAAGCCAAUAUGACAGCUAUCAGAUGAAUACUUCAUGAUGGCCUUGAACGGUGUGGUGUGAAGCAGCCUUUGUGGGCCACAUCCCAGAGCUCUCCUUUGAGUGAUGCAGGUCUUUCCCUGAACCAUUUGACAGAAGUCAUGAGGACUGUAGUCUGCUUGCCAUUGAAAGCCCCUCUUUGCCCUGAACAUAUCGGUGGAAACUGGUGACAAGCCAUUGCAUCUUUCUCUUACCUCACAGACCCCAAAAACUGAGCUGUGUUCUAAACUGGGCAUGGACCUGAAACGCACAAUGCUUUUACGACUUGCCCGCCGGGACCCUUCCCUCCAUCCAGAUGACCCAGCAAAGAGGGAGGCUAUAUAUGACAAAUACAAGGUGGGUGUCUUCUUUUGCUUUGAGGGCUUGGAGGGGCCCAUAAGUGGUCCGGUGGCAGUCCUGUGGGAAUGCUGUAGGAUCAUUUCAGUUCCCUCGCAGUUCAGUUUGGUCCAGGGAGCUAUUGUAGUGGGUGAAGAGGCAGACCUACAAAUCAGGAAUCCCUAGUUCAGAUCUUGCAGUGUUGCUUUAAGGGUUACAAAUAGGGUAAUGCCUGCAGAAUGCUUUAAAUACAUAAUAGUAAAUAUUAUUUCCCCACCCCAAGAUGCCCACAUUGGUUGGGUGAUUGUAGCAGCUAAUUUUUUGCUUUUGAGCCAGCAUCCAUCAUAAUCUGCAAUUGCUGUGAACACCAAUCAUUCUUGUAGCAACACUAAGGGCUGUAGAUUGGUUAUGAAAGCUUUUCUGUGCUUGCGCCAAUGCGUAAGGGCUAAGAGUCACAGCUGUGCUCUGUAUUUCCCACUUCCUAGAACUUGGAUAGAGGGACACGUGGCACUGGUGGAAGUUGCAUAGUUAGAGGGCAGAGAAAGGCCAGUAUAACUGUUGUUGAUAUGCCUACAGAUAUAAUGGCUCCUGUUACUGUCUUUCCACCCCAGGUAAUGCAGAAUCCAAUGGCAUCUUGGGAAAGGCUGUAGUGACAAGGAUGAUAGAGCCCACAUUUGCUUUGUAUGCCCUGUUAGCAGCAGGAUAGGGUUGGGAACCCCUGAAAAGCUGCCAGUCAGUGAACAAUGUGGUGGGCUAGUGGUCUGACAUGGUACAAGGUAGUUUUCAAUCUUGCUGUCUUUGCUGCCUCCCAGUGAGUCUCUGUGCUGAGAGCUAACGCGUGUUACCUUUGCAUGCAGGAGUUUGUGAUCCCAGAGGAAGAGGCAGAAUGGGUUGGGCUGAGUUUGGAAGAAGCUGUGGAAAAGCAGCGACUCCUGGAGAAGAAGGUGUGUUUUCACUCUUUGUGUUUGUGGCCCAAUCCCAGUAAAGUAUUGUCUCUGGAACAUCCACCUAUGACCCUCAAAGCUGUGUAAAAUAACUGUGCUUUUUGCUUUAAUGCCAAGGUACAAUAUAUUCCAUUGCUAAGGUUUGCUGUCUAUGGGACUACAUGGAAUAUGCUCCUUUUGCUUAGUUAUGGAGGGGUGGGAGGCAUCUUAGUCGGACUCUGCAGAUGCUAGACUGGCUCCUGUAAUCACUUGUAUCCAAAAUGCUGUUGAUUUCUCUUGAGGGCUUCUGUGAUGCUUUGGAUUGGCUCAUACAUAACACUAAGGCGUGUGUUACUUGGAUUGUCCGAGCCCAGCCCAGAGGCUUCACGUUAGUAAAUCAGGGUUUGUUCUUGGGUUAUAACCUGUGGUUAACAUUGACCAUGGCUUUGUUUUAAUGUGCAAACCUAGCCUUUGUGCAAUCAGUUCUCUUCCUCAUUGUGUCUUCCUUCCUGCCCCCAAUCUUUCUCUCAGGACCCUGUUCCCUUGUUCAAAGUCUAUGCAGAAGAACUGGUGCAGCAGCUUGAAGCACAGAAACUUUCUGAAUCGGCUGAAGUGCCGAAGGUCUAACAGGAGAAUCAAGCACUGUGAACUUCUCUUUGGGCUUAUGUUAAACAGACCAAGGGAUGGAACUUUUCCCCUGAGAGAGCUGGAUCCAGAAUGGUUAAGUAUGUGCUCACUGUCUGAUACUUAUCAUGUAAAGGCUGCUCUGCCCCCUGGACUUGGGAGGGAGGGGACUAGCUGCAUUGAGCUACUUCCUCACGUUCCAUUCAGGAUGCUUUUGCUGUAAAGAAAAGGAGGAGGCUUUCAGUUCAUGGCUUCCCAGCUUCUCCUGCAUGUUGCUGCUCAGCCUCUACACCUGCAGCCACCAUGUGGUCCGUGAUCCCCAACUUUGAGGCUGGUCGCCAUGAGAGCCUUUUGCCACUAGGCUUUGGAGCACCCUAGAAUGCAUCCCGCCUUGGAGUCCUCGGAGACCCUCAGGUCUUCAGGGCCAGACAGCAACAUUUGCAGCAGAAUACAAAAGCCGUCGACUGACCUCUCUUGAGGAACAAGCCGCAUCCUGUAACCUUAAUUAAGAUCCAAAGCACAGCAGGGAAGAAAAGAAUAAAUGGCUUGUGAAUUAUUAUUGAAA